AUUGCGCACAAAUUAGUUCAUGUCUGGGUGGUGCUCCUUGUUCAUUUUUCAUUUAUUGAUUCGUUUUUUAUUAAGAAAAACAGUCGUUUAAAGCAAACAUGAGUGCCGGAGGUGGAACUCCUUAUAUUGGCAGUAAAAUUAGUUUGAUUUCCAAAGCCCAGAUCCGAUAUGAAGGAAUACUGUCUUCAGUGGAUACAGAGAGGUCCACCAUUGCUUUGGCUAAAGUUAAAUCCUAUGGUACAGAAGACCGGCACACGGAGAGACCAGUGCCGCCUAAAGAUGAGAUAUAUGAAUAUAUAAUAUUCAGAGGAAGUGAUAUUAAAGAUAUUACUGUAUCUGAACCCCCAAAGCCACACCAUGGGCUGCCUCGAGACCCUGCCAUUGUUCAGUCAUCCAUGAGCCCAUCUUCUGGAUAUCACCCACAUUGGAGUACAUACAGAGAAAUGAUGCCCACCUUUAACCAACUGGCUGCUACUACUCUGCUGAGUCAGCAGUACAAUGCAGCACUUGGCCAAAUGCCAGGACUUCAUGGUACAGCCAGAAGGGCACCUAUGGUGGAGCAGGCUGUACAAACCAUGCCUUUGGCCACUGCUGCAGAGAGGAAGGGAAAGACUUUAACCCAGCCACAGAACAGGCUUCCUGGUCAUCGGGGCUCCUCACGAGAUGCUUCUUGGGUUGAAAAGGAGAAUAUACCCACCAGUCGAUCAUUAAAACCAGCUGUAGCUAAGGUACAAGUCCAAGGUGGUGACAGACAGGAACCAAGACAAAAACAAGGCAGUCGCAGGUCCAGGACCAGAAGUCGAGGCCAGCUGUUGGCAAAAAACUCCAAAGUCACAGCUUUGGAGUUUGAAGCAGAUUUUGACUUUGAAACUGCAAAUGCUCAGUUUAGAGAUCAUCUGACAAAGGAGACAACCACAGGUGAGAAGCUGGACUCUGGGCAGGCCCAGGACACAGAGGAUGUGAAAGAGGAGGAAACUCUUGCAGAGAAGUGCUAUAACAAAGCCAAAUGCUUCUUUGACAAUAUCUCAUCAGACCCUAAACUCAGGAGAACCACCUGGGCGGAGGAGAAAAAGCUAAACAUGGAAACAUUUGGAGUGCCUGGUCGCUUUCUGAGAGGCAGAGGAUUCAAGGGACGUGGGCGCAAAGCGGAGGGCACCACAGAGCAGCGAACUCUCCCAAAGAUUGGCAGUGGGAGGGUGUAAAGAGUUGUUUUUUUGGGGGGGCGUUAAUGCUACUGUAAAUAUUGUUGUUUUCUACUUUAAACAUAUCUCCCUACAUCUUCAUACAUUGUUUUCAUUUAUUUAAUAAGCUUUGGAUAAUUUACAUGAAAUGGGAGAGAGAUUUCUUUUUAAUGCAGCAGCUGUGAGAUUAUGGAAUAUUGAAUAUCUUCAGAUUAAAAUAGCAUUUAAGUGUCUUCUGUACUUUUGAGCAACUCUUAAGUGGCCUUGAAAAAGCAUUUUUCAAAGCACUGGAUUUUUUUCUUUUUCUUUUCUGCUCCUUUUGUAAGAUUUAAAAGUGGAGAUGUGCAACUGCUGCCAUUAAAUGCCAUGUUGCAUAAAGAC